AGACAGAGCAGAGCAUUAUCUGCGCAACAGGAGACGGGGAGGGGAGAGGUGCGCGGUUUGUCCUCUUGUCUGGACAGCAGAACGACUAAAAACUUAAGAGUUUCUUAAAACAUCGAAAACAACUCCGCAAACAUGAGUAUGUACGGCUCCAAUUCAAGGCUGGCCACCAUGGGCCAGAGGAGUAAUUCUCGACAGGAUUUGGCGAAUGCAAGUUUUAGAAGCGACCCAAUGGCCGGUGGAAACGGCUUCCAGGGAGAUUACCCAGCAGGGGACGGCGGAUACACCUAUGCCUACUCCAGGACCUCCAUGCACGGCGGGGGGGGACAGAAAGUACAAGUCAGCGUGGGCAGCGGAGGUGGAGGACUGAGUUCACAUGCAAGUCAGCAAAAAGCUGUGUUCCUGACAAGCCAGUGCCAGGAGUACCUGCAGAGAGCCAAGAUGAUUAUCCAGGGUGGGGGUCUAGCCAUGGAUGCAGAAAAGCAUUUGAACAUGGCUGCAGAAACCAUGGAGCAGAUGAAGCUCUGUGGCAGAGACCUGCAGCAAAUGCGUAUACCUAGUGAAAUUUUCAGAAGCUUAGAACAGUUCCAGUACUUGCAUGGUGCUCUCCAUCAGCAAUUAGUAGUCGGUGGUAUGACAGUGAGGCGGAACAGAAGCAGCAUGGGUUCCCAGGAGGGGGGGAGGAUCUUUAAUGAUGCCAUGGCCUGGAUUGUCCAACAGAAGCGCAUGAUUGAGACUGCUCCGUGGGGAGAUGACUCCGAAACCAUAGAAAAGCAAAUCAUAAGCCACAACAAAAACCACAGCUUCAUCCAGAGGAGCCAGGAAGUAGACCGUGCCAGAGAUGAACUGAGCAUGAGGGGUGACAAGUACAACCUGUCCAUCAUGGAACAAGAAUGGGAAAGCCUGCAGAAAAUGUCGCACUGCCGUGUGAGUCAGCUGCGCGAGCUUCAGGGCAUCAUCGAUGAGAUCUCCCGAGCCAUCAUGUGGGUGAAUGAGAGAGAGGAGGAAGAGCUUAUGUUCAACUGGGGUGACAAGAACAUCGACCAGUACAUCCCAAAGAAGCAAGAGAGCUACUCAGGGCUGAUGAGGGACCUGGAGGAGAAAGAGAAGGACCUAAACAAGCUGAAGGCGAAAGCUGAUGGACUCGUAAACAACAACCACCAGGCCUCAGAUAAAAUUGAAGCCUACAUGGACACCUUGCAGACCCAGUGGAGCUGGCUGCUCCAGAUCACCAAGUGUAUCCAUGUUCAUUUGAAGGAGAACGCUGCCUACAGCCAAUUUUUCAAGGAGGCUAAUGAGACCUAUGCAAAGCUGCAGAAGGAGCAUGAGACUAUCCGAAACAAGUUCACAUGCGACAAGAACACCCCACUGGAUAACCUCACUGAACUCCUGAAACACCUGGAGAAAGAGAAGAUGCGAGUCAUGGAGAAUAAGAGACAAGUCCACAGUCUGGUCAGCAAAUCUAGGAGCAUUAUCAGGCUGAAACCUCGCAACCCUGAGGAGAAGUCCUCUAGCCCCGUCAUAGUCCAGGCCUUAUGUGACUUUAAACAAGACCAGAUAGGGAUUUUAAAAGGGAAUGAGGGCAUCCUGAAGGAUAACUCACAGCGCAGCAAGUGGCUUGUAACGGGACCUGGAGGUCUGGACAUGCUGAUUCCCUCUGUGUGUCUGCUGAUCCCCCCACCAAACCCGCUCAGUAUCGGCCUCGCCAACAAGAAUGAGCAGUAUUAUGAAGCCAUCAUGAGCAUCUGGAAUCAGCUCUACAUCAACAUCAAGAGUCUCAUCUCGUGGCAAUACUGCCUCAAAGACAUAACUUACAUCAACUCCCUCACUGCCAGCAUGCUGUCUAAGAUGCGACCCGAGGAGUACCGCAGUGUCAUCAAAAGACUGGAGACUCACUACCAAGAGUUCCUGCGUACCAGCCAUGGUUCUGAGCUGUUUGGGGAAGAGGACAAGAAAACUAUCCAGGGCGACUUUGAUAAAGCCCAGACCCACUAUGACACACUGGUUAUCCAGAUGCCCGCCCACAGGGAAGAAGUGGUGAAGCCUGAACCACCAAAAACGGACACCACCAAGAUCAUCAAGACCACUGUCGUCGAUAUCAGAGCAGCGGCUCCCGUACCCAGUUCUACCCUCAGCCUUACCCUGCUCAAUAGUCUGCAAGAAAUUCGACGCAAGCUGGAGCUGGCUGAGUCCGGUCUUACCAGUCAUCUCCACAUUCCCCUGGGGGAAAACAGUGUGCAUGAAUGCUCAGUGCACAUCCAGAGGCUGCAGACUGUGCACCAAGACUUGGAUUCCAUUCAUGAUGAGUACCUGCGACUAAGAGAAAAGAUUAUAAAGCAGCUGGAGGGGAUACCUGCAGACUCCGAGCAAGCCAAGUUCCUCCGCUCUGAACUGGAAAUCAUCAACCAAAAAUUGGGAGGCCUGCAGGGUCUCUACCCAGCCUACCUUCAGAGGCUGUCGGCUGUUCAUGCCUUGCUCCAGAGCCUUCUCCAGGCUGAAGAUAUCAUUAAAGUCCAUGAGGCCCGGCUGACAGAGAAGGAGACCUCCUCUCUGGACCUUCGAGAGUUGGGAAGCUAUCGAAGCACACUAAAGAAAAUGAAGAUUGAUCUGGAACAAAAAAGAGACCUGCUGACAGCUAUGGAGUCUGACCUCAGUAAAGCAGUGCACUGGAAUAGUCAAAUCUCUGAGCCCUUCCACAAGUGUGACGUGGACUUGUCCAAGUACUCAGACCAGGUCAGUCAGAUGUCUGACCGCUGGCGCCGCAUCCAAACCCAGAUUGACAGCAGAGUUUGGGAUUUGGAGAAGCAGGAGAAACAGCUGAAUCAUUAUCAGCAGACCAGCUCUCUCCUGGAUCAGUGGAUAGACAAUGCCAGGAAGCGCCAGGACAACCUUCAGACGGUUAAACUCAGCGACAUCCAGACUCUAAUGGACCACCUCAACCAACAGAAGGCACUUCACACUGAAAUUAAAGGAAAGAAGGAGAAAGUAGAGGAUGUGCAGAAAAACGCAGACACCUGUGCUGCCUCCAUAAAGGACUAUGAGUUGCAGCUGGCUUCCUACGGUGCAGGCCUGGAAACUCUGCUUAAUAUUCCUAUCAAGAGAACAAUGCUGCAGUCCCCUGCCUCUGUGGUCAGACAAGAGGCGUCUGGCCUCCAGUCCCGCUACAUUGAGCUUCUGACCCGCUCAAGUGACUACUAUAAGUUCCUAGGGGAGCUGCUGAAGAACAUGGAAGAGCUGAAAAUCAGGAACACCAAGAUCGAUAUGUUGGAAGAGGAACUGAGGCGUCUGAAGGAGGACAUCCAGGAUCGUAACCACAAAAACAAGUCUCUGGAGGAUGCUUUGGCCCGCUACAAAGUGGACCUCUCUCAAUCACAAGAUCAGCUCAUUUCUAUGGAGGAAGUGAAGAGAACCACAACAAUUCAAGUUAACGCUACCAAGGAGAACCUGGACAGCACACACAGCCAGCUUCAAGAUCUUAAUGAUCAGCUGACCCGCAUUAAAUACCAGCUUGAUGAAGAAAAUAGGAAAAGAAGGUUGGCAGAGGAACGCUACACCAGCCAGCAAGAAGAGUAUGAGACGGCUGUUCGCCGCAGACAGAAAGAACUGGAAGAACUCAACUGGUCCAAGAUUGACUUGGAAAAGUCGGUGAAGGACAAGGAACGUGAGGUGGAGAGGAUGAAGAUACUGCUAGAUGAGGAAAUGAUGCGUCGACGAAACGUUGAAUCAGAUAUCUCAAAGGUAAGAACACAGUGUACCCAGGAGCUUAAUCAACUUAAGCAGACAUACGAGACACAGAUCCAUGUUACCAAGACCACGAUCCUGAAAACCUCACAACAGAAAGAGGAAGACGCAACAGAACUGAGACUGCAAGUUGACAGACUCUCUGCUGAAAAUAGAGAUCAAGAGGAGGAGCUGAGGAGACUAAGGCAGUCCAUUGCUCACACCGAAGAGCAGAAAAGCAGAGCUGAGCAUGAGGCCAGCCAGCAGAGGGCCUCAGUGGUAAAAGAAACAAGAGUGCGCAGUGAGUUGGAGAUUCAGCUGAGAACAGUCAUGCAGAAGGGAGGAGAGAAUGACCUCCAACUACAGGACGCAUCCAAAAGCAUUCAGGAAAAGUCCAGGCAGAUCAGCAUGCUAACAUUGAACCUGGAGGAGGAGGGGAAGAAAAGGAGAGCUCUGGAAUUGGAAAUCAAUCACCAGAAACAGACUGAGGCAGACCUGAAGGCAAAGAACGCCUCCUAUCUGGAGUCCAUCAACAAGCUUAAAGUGUCUGAGCAGGAGAUCUACAUCACUCGAGUAGAGCUAGAGAAGCAAACCAGUGAGAAAACCAAGGUUGAGCAGAGUUCUGCCAGGCUGCAGAGCCGUAUCCGGGAACUUCAGUGCUCCCUGGAUGGAAUGGAAGCUGAGUUGGAGAAACAAAAGAAGGCAACCCAGGAAGAGUUCACACGUAGAAAGAGAAUGGACGCAGAGUGUGAGAAGAUGUCACAAACUUGCAGAGAGCACACCACAACAAUUAGCACACUGAAAUCUAUCCAAAUAGAGACUUCCAACAGUGGAAGGAAGUAUGAGCAAGACCUCAGCGCCCUCCAGGAGGCUCUGGACAAGAGUAUGAGGGACCAUAAAGUCACCAAGCAGGAACUGGCAGCUGUCACAGCUGAGCUGAGGACACUUAAACAGAAGCUCCAGCAGGAACUGGCUCGAGUUCAUGAGCUCAACCAACGUAAUGAGAGUCUGUAUAAAACCAUUGAGGAGAAGAGCCGCCAGCUUAACGACUUCACUAAAGAGAUCGAAAAACUAAAGACUCUGACACAGAACCUGACAAAGGAGAGAUUGAGGUUGGAGGAGGAGCUGAGGAAAGUUAGACAGGAGAGAGAUCAGCUGAAGUUUAGCAAAGACACUAUUGAUGGAGAAAGUGCCACUCAGAUCUCAGCCUUGCAUGUCCAGCUUCAGAGUAGCUCCAAGAGGACAACCGAGCUCCAGGCUCUCAUCAAUGACCUGACCAAGGAGAGAGAAAAGCUUAAAUUGGAAAUAGACAAAUUCCAAAAGCAAUCGAUUGAGACAUCCAUGAUGGUUCAUGAUUCCCAAAGUCAAUACACUGAGAUGCUGCUGGAGAGGGACAGUUUGCUAUCCAAGCUUAAACUGCUGGAGCAAGACAAGACUCGUCAUCAGCGCAUAGAAGAGGAGCUCACCCGCAUCAAGCUCACACUAGAUACUGAGAUCCGCAACAAACAGCGGCUUCAGGAUGAAAACAAUGGUAUCAUCAAGGAUUUAAACUAUAUGAAGAGCCAGUAUGAGAUGAGAGAAAACCACAUUAGGCAGUUUGAGACAGACAGAGACAAGGCAGAUCGUGACAGGAUCUCCAUGAAGAAUGAGCUCGAUAGGCUCAUGAGGGAGCUAAAGAGUGUUGAGGAGAGGUACAAGAGCCGCCUGUUAAUCUCUGAAAAGGAGGCAUCAGACCUGGCUCUCAGGAGAGAUGCCCUAGAGAGAGAGAUACAGAGGCUGCAGCAGAAACCCAGCACUCUAACCAGGCAUACACAGACAGAUGAGAAGGUCCCAACAAUCGAUCCAUCCAAGCUGAUAUUUGAUGGGGUGCGCCGCAAAGUCACAGCCCACCAGCUUUGUGACUGUGGUAUAAUCAGUAAAACCACGCUAGACCAGCUCCUGAAGGGAAAAAAGACAGUGGACGAGGUAGCUGUGGACAUCCAGCUUAGUCUAAAGGGUACUGGCAUAAUUGCUGGCAUGAAAACAGGUUCUCAAGGGAAAAUGCCAUUCACUGAGGCGAAAAACAAGAGACUCCUCACCCCAGAGUGCGCCCUCAUGCUUCUGGCAGCUCAAGCUGCAACAGGCUACAUAGUGGACCCUGCAUUUAAUGAAAAGAUGCCUGUGGAUACCGCAUGCUCAAGAGGCAUUGUAGACACAGAAGACAGAGACACCUUGGUGACAGCUGAAGCAGCUAGCACAGGCUUUAAAGAUCCAUUCACUGGCAAAGUGUUAUCUGUGGGUCAGGCUUGCAAACAGGGCCGCGUAGACAAAGACACAGCCAUCCGCUUGCUCCAGGCUCAAGAGUCUGUUGGAGGCAUAUUGGACCCCAUUCUGAGUGUGUUCCUUCCAAAAGAUCUGGCCUUGGAUCGCAAUCUCAUUGAUGAAGAGCUCUAUAGGGCUUUGAACAAAAAACCCACCUGCUAUCUGGAGCCGGCGACAGGGCAGAAGAUAACCUAUAAUGACCUUCGGAAGAAGUGUAUAGUGGAACCUGUUUCUGGCUUGCUUCUGUUCCCUGGUCAAGAAAAGAAAAUGACAGUGAUGGGUCUCCGUGGUGAAGUCUCUGUUUCAGAGCUCAUCGAAGCUGAAUUGCUGGAUGAAACUGAUGUGGCGAAGCUCACCAGCAGCGAAAUUGAAGACAAGCUAAAGUCUUAUCUCCAUGGCUCUUCCUGCAUUGCAGGGAUCUAUGAUGAGGCCAAUGACAGAAUAAUUUCUUUAUAUCAGGCAAUGAAGGAAGGCUUGCUCAUGAGAGGAACCACCCUGGAACUUCUAGAGGCCCAAGCUGCUUCUGGCUUCAUUGUUGAUCCAGUCAACAAUGUGUUCUUGACAGUAGAGCAGGCCACAAAGAGAGGCUUGGUAGGAAACGAGUUUAAGAAUAAGCUGUUGUCAGCAGAGAAGGCAGUAACUGGAUACAAAGACCCAUCCACAGGAAGGAUAAUCUCUCUCUUCCAGGCUAUUGAGAAAGAUCUUAUUGAGAAAGGUCAUGGAAUCCGUCUUCUUGAGGCCCAAAUUGCCAGCGGUGGCAUUAUUGACCCCAAAGAGAGCCACCGUAUUGAUAUCGCUGUUGCCUAUAGAAGGGGAUAUUUUGAUGAGGAAAUGAAUGAGAUCCUAACUUAUGAAGGAGAUGACACAAAAGGGUUCUUUGAUCCUAAUACUAAGGACAACCUGACAUAUCUUCAGCUGAAAGAAAGGUGCCUGUCAGAUCCCAAGACAGGCCUAACACUCUUGCCAAUCAAAGACAAGAAUAAGACCCAGAAGUCAAAGGAGAGCCGUACCAAUGUCCUUCGCAAGAGGCGGGUAGUGAUUGUUGACCCAGACACUGGACUGGAGAUGUCAGUGAGGGAGGCCUAUCACCGGGAGCUAAUUGACUAUGACACUUUCCUGGAUUUGUCGGAGCAGGAGUGCGAGUGGGAGGAAAUAACUAUCAAGGGGACUGAUGGCUCCGAACGUUUGGUGAUAGUGGAUAGGAAAACAGGAACCCAGUAUGACAUCCAGGACUGCCUGGAACGCGGUGUCAUUAAGCAGACGUCUUUGAAUCAGUAUCAUGCUGGAAUGCUAACCUUGACCCAGUUUGCUGAACAAAUUACCAGCAGAACCAGCAGCACAGAGAUGAACAUUGCAGCCAUCAAUGUUGAUGACAUGGUCACCUGCAGCAGUCCCACCCAGGCCGCACCAUCUUCUCCUACCGUCCGUAAACGCUUUAACAGUAUUUCUAUUACUGUUUCUCCCCCUGAGAUGUACGAUGACCACAGCCCUGUGGCUGCCAUAUUCGACACAGAGACCAUGGAGAAAGUAACUUUGACAGAAGGGCUCCGAAGAGGCAUAGUUGACACUAUUACAGCACAGAGGCUACUGGAGGCCCAGACAUGCACAGGAGGUAUUAUCAACCCUGCCACUGGUGAGAGACUGUCGUUGCAAGAUGCUGUCCAUCAGAGUAUCAUCGAUGAAAGCAUGAGUGCUAAGCUGAAACCUGCCCAGAAAGCCUAUGUUGGUUUUGAGGAUGUGAAAACUAAAAGGAAGAUGUCCGCAGCAGAGGCAGUGAAAGAGACAUGGCUGCCCUAUGAAGCUGGCCAGAGAUUUUUGGAGUUUCAGUACCUGACAGGAGGCCUGAUAGAACCUGGCAGUGGACGUCGCAUCACCAUUGAAGAGGCCAUCCGCAGAGGUUGGCUAGAUGGUCAAGGGGCCCAGAAGCUUCAGGAUACACGGAACCACCAGAAGAACCUGACCUGUCCCAAGACAAAACUAAAGAUCUCCUACAAGCAAGCCAUGGACAGCUGCAUGGUGGAAGAAAGCAAUGGUAUGAAGAUGCUGCAGGCCUCCUCAAUCUCCUCCAAGGGAAUCAGCAGCCCUUACAAUGUCUCUAACCCAGGAUCUCGCUCUGGGUCCAGGGCUGGUUCCCUAGCCGGCUCCAGGAGUGGAUCUCGUAGAGGCAGUGUGGAUUACUCCUCUACUUACAGCUAUACAUUCUCCUCCAGCAGUACCAACUCUCAAUCUUAAUACACACCAUAGAAAAAAGAAUGAAACUAGACAUGUUAUAACCUACAGGUCAAAUACAAUUUGAGUACUUUUGUAACAGUUUGCUUUUUUAAAUAUUUUACUGAUACCUAUGAUAUUUUGGGACAUCUGUUUAAAUACUGAACGUUAUUCUAAAUGCAUUUAGAUGUUUUGAUAGUUUGCAGUUUUUGGUGAUUUGGUGUUUGAAUAUUAAUCUUAAUGCAGAGUACAAUUAAUACUCUUAUUCUAAAGCAUACUUGUUGUAUGAAUAUAUAUUUGGCAUAGCUCAUUUUAAUAUAUGGCUUUUUCUUUAGAAUUUAACUAUUUGUUGUGUCAAAAUAUGCUUGUUAACCACAGCUUCAGCAUUAAGUUUGCAUUUAAGUUGCUUAGUUUUUUGCAGCUUGACUUCUGUAUGUUUUACUUUUUUUAUUGAAUAAAGGAACAGAAAUAUUUUGGAAAUAGCUAAUGCUGAGGUUUAUCUUAAAAUACUGAAUUAAAUGAUUAAUGAUUAAUAAAAAUUCCUUGCCACUAAAAUGUUAUUCUCACAUGAUUGAAAAUAAAGUUGUCAUAACAAAUUUGA